AUGUACAACAAAAGGGUGAAAGGAGAUAAGGACCGCAUACGGAUGCAUGGGAGAUAUUACAACAAUAUUUAUUUGGGAAAACGUAUCUUUGGGCCAGCGCGUAAACAAGUGUUUAUGUACACUAUCGUUGGUGGCAUGGAGCGUCGCUUUGAGAUUGUUGACAAUCAAGUUAAUCACAUCCAAUUCACCCACGAGCAUUCAGACAAGUUUGUUGAAAAGUGCAGGAACCAAAGCAUUAAAUGCAAAGAUCAAUCACGUGUUGUUCUUAGUUACCCCGAAGAACCGUCGUUGGAUUCUUUUAUCCAUGCUAAUCAUGUCAACUCGCCACUACUUUUCAAUGAUUUUAUCAUUACGCAGGCACCUAUGGACAAUACCAUUAAGGAAUUCUGGCGGAUGAUUUGGCAGGAGCGUGUUUGCUUCAUUUUUAUGCUUAUUAGUCGGGGCGACACUCGCCGUUGCGCUAAAUAUUGGCCUGAGACAGUUUCUUCGAAUCCGUUUCAGUUCCAUGGUUUAGUUAUUUGGAACGAGGGCUUUGAGCCAUCGGGAUCUCGAGACCCUUUUUUCAAUGUUACAAAGUUGAGGAUUGUUGGCCCAAAUGAUAAGGAGCUUCGUCUCGAGCACUGGCAAGGCGACUUAAAUAACUCACAGGAUUUGGAUGCGCCUCUACGUUUACUUCGCCUUUCUAGGACUUGUACAACUCCUACUGUUAUUCACGACCAUUUGGGAAUUAGCCGAGCGGCAUGCCUCGUUGCAAUCGAGCUUACCAUAUGUCAACUUCUUCGCGGGCCAAUGCAUAAAAUUCCUGCUUUUCGUCUUUUAUCGCCGAAAGUCGAUCCUGAUUUGUUGCCAUUAGUACGCCAUCGUGAGCGGCCAGAAUUGAGACGUGAAUUGCAUGCACAUGUUGGGGAAUUGCCAUUACCAGCAGAUAUAGGAGUUGUUCAUCAAACGGCGCAUGAAUAUCCUGAAGAGCAAAAGAAUCCUCUUGCAAACAUUCAAUUACCCAAACGUUAUCCUCGCGGAAAGCGCUAUGACUGAUUUUAUUGAAUAGGAAUUUCUCAU